UAAUCUCUCUUCCACAGAAAAAGCAACAUGGCACCAGAAGCAGUGGCACCCACUCCUCACCCUUACUGGCCUCGUGAUCUGCACAUCGAGGGUUACCAACCCAAUGAUCGUGUCAUGUGGGAGAUUUUGACCUUCCUGUUCUCAGUAUCUGGGGUGUUUCUGGUUGGGACCUGGUUCUUGGCUGGCCGGGUUGCUGGGAUCAGCGCUGUUCGUCGUCUCAUCCUCUGCUGGUUCAUGAUCUGUGGUUUCAUUCAUGGUGUCAUUGAAGGCUGGUUCUCUCUCUACUACAACAUCAUUCCAAGGGACCAGUCUUUCCUGUCACAGCUGUGGAAGGAAUAUGGCAAAGGAGACAGCAGAUACAUUAUAGCUGAUAAUUUCACUGUUUGCAUGGAAACCGUCACCGCCUGGGCCUGGGGUCCGCUCAGCGUUUGGACUGUCAUCUCCUUCUUGCAGAAUAAGCCGUACCGUUUCGUGCUGCAACUCAUCGUGUCACUUGGUCAGCUGUACGGAGAUGUCCUGUAUUUCUACACAGAAUACCGGGAAGGUUUCAGUCACAGCGAGAUGUGGCAUCCGAUCUAUUUCUGGUUUUACUUUGUAUUCAUGAAUGCUCUGUGGAUUAUCAUCCCAUUUUCCCUGAUCGUGGAUGCCUGGGUCAAUCUUAGCCAAGCACAAGGGACAGCAGAUGCUGCACGACCCAAAAGCAAACCCAAACGGAACUGA